GAAUACAGCUCUCUCACUCUUAGAUCCUCCUUUCCUGAGCAACGAACAACCCGGCCUCCCCUUCAAAGCUUGAAGACCUCGUUACUUGGCAGCUCUUUGUCCCUGUGGAAAAUUGAGGAAAUCUCGUUCAAUCGUAAACAGUAAAUCGAUUGAAGUGUUUGUUGCAACUGUGGGCAUUGAAGUGAAUUGGUGACAUUCCUAAAUACAUAGGAAUAAUAUUCUAGGAGUUAUCGGUGCCACAGGAGCUUUACACAGUCUGAUCCAACUAGCAUGGUUCCCAAACCCAAAAGUCAAGGGGGGUCUAGAUCCUCCAUGGCCCUGAUCUCCACUGCCAUAGAUCGCUACCAGUGGAACUUGUCCCCGGAAUUGGAAACCAUUGCCCGGGAAGAGCUCAAAGAAACGCCAGAGAAACGGGAGAAGGGUCUUCAAACCAUGAGACAGAGGAUCGGGGAAUGGCCCGAGUUGACCCAGUGCCCGACGGAUUCGGUGUUCUUGCUUCGAUUCCUCCGCUCCCAAAAAUUCGACGUGGACAAAUCCAUGAAAGUGUUGGAGCGCUUCAUUCAGAUGCGGGACGAGAACCCCGAUUGGUUCAAGAAACUCGACCCCACCGAACCACACAUUGCCGAAUUGAUCGAGUCUGGCUUUGUCUUCGUUCUCCCCAAAAGAGACGCCAAAGGACGUCGGGUUAUUGUGAAUAAUUCCACUAAUGUAGAUAUCCUUCGACACACCAACUCUGACAUAAUGCGGGUGUUCAUGGCUACGUUCGAGACGUUGAUGGCUGAUGAAGAGAACACAAUUCGAGGCCUGACCUACGUCUUUUACGCCAAAGGCGUCACCUUAGCCCAUGUUCAAAUUUGGAGUCCGUCGGAUGCGGCCAAAAUCUUCGGCACCUGCGAAAAGAAUCUGGCUAUCAGACAUCGUGACAUCAAUCUGGUUCAUUUGCCCUUUGGCGUGUGGGCCGUGGUCGAGUUCCUGAAAUCGUUGCUCAGUUCAAAGAUCCGGAAUCGGAUAUCGACCCAUUCGGACGAUGUGAAAGUGGCUAGAAAGUUGGGCAUUGACGCGGUUCCAGUUGAAUUGGGAGGAUCGGCCGAUCUUUCCAUGGCUUUGAUGGCCAAAGCUUGGGCUCAGACCUUGUUGGAAAAUAGAGAUUAUUUGUUAGAAAUGGAUGCCAUCAGCCUGAAGACUAAACAUCCGGCGCCCUUGGAAGAGUCUCUCGGUCUGAAGAAGCCUUCGACGAGCUAUUGGUCUUAUUUGGUUGGCGGAAAAUGAGCCGAUCCCAGAAGCUCUCAGAAUCAUUUGUUUGCAUUUGUCAAUAAUGUCCCAAUUGUCAACCCAUCUUGUAGAACUGUGGAAUGUCGUGAGCUUCAAUCGAAAAGCGAAGCGUCGCGAUACUCCAGUGAUAAUAAUUUUAAAAUACGUAUGAACUUUGCGGUUUACGUAAGUGCAAUUAUAAGAAUACCAUUGCGAGGCCUAAGCGCCACUUGACUGAAAUAUACAUGAGUUCGUAUUCAAAAUCAA